GACAGAGACAAACGAUUGCGCGAUGAAUUUGCUGAUUAGUGACAGAUUGAUAAUUUCAGCCCACAGACCAUCGUAUCGGUGCUAAGUUAAGUUGUUAUGUUCAUAGAUAAACAUUGUUCCGCUGUUUAAAUUAUUCCCAUACGACAAUUACCAGUUUUGAAGCUACAGUCAAAAAAUGAAUGCCGAAUACGUUGUAUGUCGGUUGUGUUUAAAUGAUGAACCAGAUCUGGAGUCCAAAAAUGGAAACUCCACUAAUGAUGACUACACUAACACCGAAGACUGCUCAGAACAAACUGUGGAGCAACUAAUCAGGCAAUACCUACCGAUUCAGAUAAUGAAAGCCGAAGACUCGGGGUGCCCUUUUAUUUGUAGUUGCUGCAUAUCUCAGAUAAACCAGUGGCAUCGAUUUUGCCUUAAUUGCAUCCAUAAUGAUAAAAUCUACCAAGAACAGUUAUCGGAACAGCAGGUCAUUGAGGAAGAAGUUUUCCACCAUGAAGAAGUGAUGCUACUGAAAGAGGAGAUGUUGGAAGUUUACCAUGACGAUCCCGAAGCUCAAGAUCAAUAUCUGGAAAUGAAACCGCUGGACAUAAUUGAAAGUUUAGCGGUUUCCAAUAGUGAGGUUUGUGCUAGUCAGGAAUUCGUCCCAGAAGUACAGGAGGCAAAGGUCGAAAAAAUUGAAUCUAAAGACAGCCCACAAUUGAAACCUGCACCUAAAAAACGCGGAAGGCCAAAGAAAGAUCCGGCAGAUGAUUUGAAUUUGUUUCUGAGGAGGCCCUGUGGACCAAGGAUCAAACAAACGGGCGAGAAACCAGCUCAGCGUUUACCCGAGAUGUGCCCGAUCUGUGGAAAGUUCGUCAUAGUAUUGAAGGAACACAUGCGAGUUCACAUUGACGAUCGAAAGUAUCAAUGUCCGCACUGUCCGAAAACUUUCGUUGCCAGAGAUAACUUUCGCAGACACGUUAACAUUCACACCCGAGCCAAAAUGUACAAAUGCAAUCAGUGCGACAAAGAGUACACCCAAAGGAACUGCUUGAAAGCACACUUGAAUACGCACACCAAGGAUCGGAAAUAUGCGUGUCCGGUCUGCGAAAAGACGUAUUACCAGCAUACGGGUCUCGCCAGACAUAAGCGUAAGCACUUUGAACAACCCACGGUCAAAUGUCUCGAGUGUGACCACAUGUUUUACUCCAACGGUGAAAUGAGACAGCACUACAGAAAGCAUUUAAAGGUGAGGCCAUUUCCUUGUGAAAUUUGUAAGAGCGCUUUCUAUCGGAAAGAAAACCUCAGAGUUCAUAUGAAAAUCCACGAGAGGAAGAAAGCGGCCAUACGCUCCGUUCAAGAUGCAUCCCUGAAUUCUGCUUCUCCUAUGCCGGAAUGAUUUGUGAUAUUGAGACUUUUCCCGAAUACAAUUGAUUUGCGUUUUGUUCUCGUUUUCAUCAACAAA